AGAAGCAAUCUGACAGCAUAGUUCAGCAACAGCCCACGGGGAUGCCAGGAUAACACCUCCUGAAAGAUGUCUCUAAAUUACAUCAAGAACUUCUAUGAAGGAUGUGUAAGUAGCAAGCAAGAAAAUCAAUUGCAUGGUUAUUUGUCUGUGUAUUUUAAAUCAAUUGGCAUGUGUGGCGAUGAAUAUAUUUACUAUACAUUUACUAAGAAAAUAAAAUAACCAUCUGCUGUAAAAUAUUCUGAAUUCUAAAUUACAGGUAGAUUUAACUCUGAGGUACAUUCAUCCAUUGAUGCUUUAAAGUAGCUCACACUCUUAAUUCAAUAUUAAGUAUAAAAAACAACACUUGCCAAAACUAAAUAAAUACUGUUCUGUCAUUAUGAUAGUAUGUGUUCUAAGUUUAAUGUUGUAUUUGUCACCUCAUCUUCCAAAAGAGGAAAUCAGACAUUCUAAGAUAUUUAUGGUUUUAUUUCAAAGGGAUUACAAGAGAAGGAAGUAUUCCUCACAUUCAAAGCUGUUUAAAGUAUUUCUAAACUUACCCAUGUUAUUGGCAGUAGAUCUCUAUUUGAUGUGUGUACUUUAUAAUUUAUGCGUAAAGUGGAAUAAUGAUGUCAUAAUGAGGGCUUAACCGUGAACUUGACCAUCUCAAAGAGUCUAUCUUGCUAAAAACUUCUCAGAUCUCAACCUUUUAAAAAUUCUUUUUAAAAUGGGAUCAUGAAUACAUCCUCCCAAUUGUCCUUUUUAAAUGUUUGUUUCCAACUAAUUUUUUCCCUCCAAAACCAACAGGUUAAGCCUCCAACUGUGAUCGGCCAGUUCCACACUCUCUUCUUCGGCUCAGUGCGGAUGUUCUUCCUCGGAGUGCUGGGCUUUGCUGUCUACGGGAAUGAGGCGUUGCACUUCAGCUGUGACCCAGACAAGCGAGAGAUAAACCUGUUCUGUUACAAUCAGUUCCGGCCAAUAACUCCCCAAGUGUUCUGGGCAUUGCAGCUAGUGAUUGUCCUGCUUCCUGGAGCUAUUUUCCACCUGUAUGCUGCAUGCAAAAGCAUCAAUCAAGACUGCAUUCUUCAGAAGCCCGUGUACACUGUGAUUUACGUCCUCUCGGUCUUGUUAAGAAUCAGCCUGGAGGUGUUCGCAUUCUGGCUUCAGAUUCACCUCUUCGGCUUCCAAGUGAAGCCGAUAUACUUGUGUGAUACUGAAUCUCUUGGUAAAAAACCAAAUAUUCUAAAAUGCAUGGUUCCAGAGCACUUUGAAAAGACUAUUUUCCUCAUUGCAAUGUACACAUUUACUGUGAUCACGAUGGUAUUAUGUGUUGCUGAGGUUUUUGAGAUCAUAUUUAGAAGAUCAUGUUUUCUCUUUAAACGAUGACCGGGUUGAUAGCCUAUUACCAUACCAUAGUUCCUAUCAGUCAUUUAUACUUAAUUUUCCCAUCAAGUAUUUCAAUUCCAAAUGUUCUUUAAACUUUAGUGUGUCUAUAAUUUAUGUAUACUAGAAAAUAGGAUACCAAGUUCUAAACUAGGUGUUUUUGAGCAAAUAUUUCCUCCUAUUGUAAUGGUAUAACUUAUUAUGUAAUAAUGUACAUGUAAGCCUAAUGAUAGCUCUUUUUUUUUUUUCCCGAGACAGGGUUUCUCUGUAUAGCCCUGGCUGUCCUGGAACUCACUCUGUAGACCAGGCUGGUCUCGAACUCAGAAAUCCGCCUGCCUCUGCCUCCUGAGUGCUGGGAUUAAAGGCGUGCACCACCACCACCAACUGGCGAUAGCUCAUUUUUUAAAAUACUAAAUGUACAGGCUUCUCUCAUGUACAAUACUUUAAGUGAUCACCUUAUUUUUGGCCAAAGAGACUUCUUAUGUAGAUUAAAGACUGGAAAUUUGAUGUUCAGAGAUGAUAUUUAUGUGCCAUGUCACACAACCAAACCAGAAUUUACCUCUUUCCCUACACACUGAAACAUGUGUCUUUAACUCCAAAGACAUAAUUAUCUUUGCAUUUGUGUAAAAUAUACCUUUAAACACAAAAUAUAAAUUAAUUAAAAGUCAUAUAAUUUAAUCACUAACUCAAAGAAGGCAAGCAAUUGAAUUUUUAAAUAUUAAAACCCAUAUUGUUUUGCUGGAAUCAAUAUUAAAUGAUUAUGGAGAUAGUUGCCGAAUAAAUUAGAGUUGUUAUGAAUAA